CUGGAAUAAACUUCAGGUGUGAGGCAAGAUUCAGCCCUGGGUGAUAUUCUGGAAGCACGCACAGACGCCCGCUCUCUAACAUGGAGGACACGGUCACUCUCCUGGUUUUCCUGGGUGCCGUGGCAGUGGGAGAGGCGCUACACCUCGUCCACUUGCCCGCUAAGAGCAACGUGGCUGAGAACUCUCCACCGGGGACCACAGUGCACGCGUUCUCCGUGAAUUUAUCAGCAUCCCUGUCACCUGUGAUCCCAGGGUUUCCCCAGAUAAUCAACUCGAGCCCCCUCACUGAGGCCUUCAGGGUGAACUGGCUGUCGGGCACUGACUUCCAGGUCGUCACUACCGGGAAGGAACGACUAGAUUUCGAAGCAGGACCAAACAUAUUUGAUCUGCAGAUUUAUGUUCGGGAUGACGUUGGCGUCACUGACCUGCAGGUCCUGACUGUCCAGGUAACAGAUGUGAACGAGCCGCCUCAGUUUCAAGGCAGCUUGGCAAAAGGCCAAGACCUCUAUAUAGUGGAAGGAGCAAGCCCUGGCUUCAUUGACCAGGUCGAGGCCUUCGAUCCGGAAGACACAAGCCGGAACAUACCCCUCAGUUAUUUCCUGACCUCUCCCUCAAAGAGCUUCGGGCUGUCUGCUAACGGGACCCUCUUCUCCACAACAGAAUUUGACUUUGAAGCAGGACACAGCAGCUACCAUCUCGUCGUGGAAGUGAGGGACAGCCAAGGGCUGCGGGCCUCCACUGUGCUCCGUGUGACCAUCGUGAACAUCAAUGACGAGCCCCCGCGCUUUACCAGCCCAACGCGAGUGUACGUGAUUCCCGAGGAGCUGGGUCUAGGGACCAUCGUGGCCAAUAUCACCGCUGAGGACCCUGACGACAAAGGUUUUACCAACUUCCUCUUCUACAGCCUCACCACCGUGAACCGCUAUUUCAUGAUCGAUCAGUUGACUGGCACCAUCCAAGUGGUGCACAGGCUAGACCGAGAUGCAGGUGAAUUAAGACAAAAUCCAGCCAUUUCUCUGGAAGUUCUGGUGAAGGACAGACCCUCGGGGGGCCAGGAGAGUCGCAUGCAGAUAACCUUCGUUGUGGAAGACAUUAAUGACACCCCUGCUGCAUGUACCAAGUUCACCUUCAGCGUUAUGGUGUCUGAAAGAGCAGCCAGGGGGACGCUGCUUCUGGACCUGAACAAAUUCUGCUUUGAUGCUGACAGCGAAGCACCGAACAACCAAUUCAACUUCACGGCGCCGUCUGGAAUGGGGAGCAGCGGCAGGUUUUCACAGGAUCCAGCUGGCUCUGGGAAAAUUGUGUUGGUUGGUGAUCUAGAUUAUGAAAAUCCGAGUAACCUGGCAGCCGGCAAUCAGUACUCAGUGAUAACCCAGGUGCAGGAUGUUGCCCCUCCUUACUACAAAAAUAACAUCUACAUUUAUAUCCUAACCAGCCCGGAAAAUGAGUUUCCUCUUGUCUUUGAUAGGCUGUCCUACGUAUUUAACGUGUCAGAAUUAAGACCAGCUAGAACCCGCGUUGGACAGGUGCAAGCGACUGAUGGAGACCUCCCCUCGCGCAGCGUCGUGUACUCUAUCUCCUCCGGAGGGGCCAGCAGACAGUACCCAAAUGUGUUUUGGAUUAAUCCCCAAACGGGAGAACUCCAGCUGGUGACGAAAGUGGACCACGAAACAAUCCCCAUCUAUAUUCUCAGAAUCCAGGCCACCAAUGGCGAGGACACGAGCUCAGUCACCGUUACUGUGAACAUCCUUGAAGAAAAUGAUGAAAAGCCAAUUUGUACCCCAAACUCUUAUUUCCUGGCUGUCCCAGUGGAUCUGAAAGUUGGCACAAAUAUUCAGAAUUUCAAGCUGAUGUGUACUGACCUCGAUUCCAGUCCCUGGUCUUUUCGAUAUUCCAUUGGCGCAGGCAACAUCAACAGUCAUUUCACGUUCUCUCCCAACGCUGGCUCCAAUGUUACACGCCUGCUCCUCGCGACCCGCUUUGACUACGCUGGUGGGCUUGAUAAGAUCUGGGACUACAAACUGCUGGUGUACAUAACUGAUGACAACUUGCUGUCCGGCAGGAGGACAGCUGAGGCUCUUGUUGAAACAGGCACUGUGACACUGAGUAUUAGUGUCGUUCCUCACCCAACCACGACUGUCACCACAACUCGCAAGCCCAGGGUCAUCUACCAGAUCCUGAGGAAGAACGUUUAUUCUCCAUCGGCGUGGUAUGUGCCUUUUGUCAUCACUUUGGGCUCCAUAUUGUUUCUGGGCCUCCUGGUGUCCCUGAUCAUCCUGUUGACCAAAGCCAUUUACAGACACUGUCCCUGCAAGACCGGCAAGCACCAGGAGCCUCUGGUGAAGAAAGGAGAAAUGAAGACUCCGGAGAGAAAAGUGGUGGCAGUGAGUACGGAAACAAUCCAGAUGAACACUGUCUUUGAUGGAGAAGCCAUAGACCCGGUUACUGGGGCAAUAUAUGAAUUCAACUCAAAAACUGGAGCCAGAAGGUGGAAAGAUCCUUUAACCCAACUGCCAAAACGGAAGGAGUCCAGCCGCCUGGGAGCUGCUUGGAGUGGAGCCACCUCUGGGAAAGAGACCGGGCCACUGAGGGGCACCAACAAGGAAGGAGAUGGGCUGAGUGGCCAAGCGCAGGCUGAAGAGGCAGGCCUGGGUUCUAGAGACCAGGAUGGCAAGCUGAGCACCCCCAAGAACAGAAACCCAGCCCCCAUGAGCAGGGCUUUCCCCAAGCCACACCCAGAAAAGUAAACGGUGUCUGGUUGCCAGGCCCACAGCGCAGCACUGCGAGGGGCCUUGACUGUCCAGCCUCACCCUAAAUUCUCUGAGGGAGGGGGAGUAUGCCAUAGUGGUGAAAAUGUGGGCAGAAGGGACUCAGAGAUUCGGGGCCCCAAAUGGGGCGUCAAAAACAAACAGAAAGGGGUUUGACCCCAUAGUUGCCUUUUUCUCUCAGUUCUCUGUGCUUCUGAUCAGCUGACUGUUAACUUCUGGGUGCCCGAUUGUAGUGUUUCAACUUCUCAUUGACUGCUAGGAAGCUCCGUGCAGUUCACCCCAGGACUUCUUGACAUAAAUACUGAGGACUCCUCUCCCACCUGGUUUCUUCUUAUUUUCCUGCCCUUAUUUUAGUAUCAACCAGAUUCUGUCACUUAUAAAUACAGUUUGACACCAGGCACCUUUGUGAGUCACCCCAAGUCCUCUCCAAAAGAAGAGCAGUAAAAAAAAAUCUGCGUAAUUAAUGAGUUGUUCAUUUGGAAAGAAGAAAACACAAUAGAUACCUUUCAUUCUUUUUUAUUGAGGUAUAACUGACAUUCCACAAAGUGCACCGAUCUAAGGAAUUCGGCUUGAUAAUACAUCAUUGCCUCCCAGAGGCAACCACUAGUCUGAUCUUUCUCAUCACAGAUUAGUUUUGCCUGUUUUGCAUUUCAAAUAAAUGGCAUCAC